AUGAGUUUCCUGCUAGCGCUCAGCUAAGGGGAACCGCCUCCGGGGCCGGAGAGAAAGAAAAAAAGUGGGAGGAGUCCAGGAGGUCCUUGGUUGGAAGACUCAAAGUCUCCUCGAUGGCCGCCCAGGGAUGCGCGUUGUCUCUGUGGCUGUGGCUGUCCCUGCUGCUGCCGCUGCUGCUGGGGGCGAGAGCUGCCGCAGCGCGGUGGAGCGGGGAGGGCACCACUCCGCAUUUGCAAAGCAUCUUCCUGGGCCGCUGCGCGGAGUACACCACGCUGCUGAGCCUUCAUCCCGGGAACAAAAACUGCACAGCCAUCUGGGAAGCCUUCAAGGUGGUGCUAGACAAGGACCCCUGCUCUGUGCUUCCCUCAGACUAUGACCUCUUCAUUAACCUCUCCAGGCAUGCCAUUCCGAGAGACAAGUCGCUGUUCUGGGAGAAUAACUACCUACUCGUUGCCAGCUUUGCAGAGAACACCCGUCGCCUCACGCCCCUGUGUGACGUUCUGUAUGGCAAGGUUGGAGAUUUUCUGAGUUGGUGUCGACAGGAAAAUGCCUCUGGACUUGAUUACCAGUCUUGUCCCACAUCAGAAGACUGUGAAAACAAUGCUGUGGACUCCUAUUGGAAAAGAGCAUCCAUGCAGUAUUCAAAAGACAGUUCUGGGGUGAUCAAUGUCAUGCUGAAUGGCUCAGAGCCCAAAGGAGCCUAUCCCGUGAAAGGGUUUUUUGCAGAUUUUGAAAUCCCAUACUUACAAAAGGAUAAAAUCACAAGAAUUGAGAUCUGGGUCAUGCAUGAUGUCGGGGGACCCAAAGUGGAAUCCUGUGGCGAAGGCAGUGUGAAAAUCCUGGAAGACAGACUGGAGGCCCUGGGGUUCCAGCACAGUUGUAUCGAUGACUACCCACCGGUGAAGUUCUUAAUGUGUGUGGACCACACCACUCACCCGGACUGUGUCAUGAACUCAGCCUCAGCAUCUCUGCAGAGGGAGAGCCCAUCUUUUUAUACGACAGGGGAUGCCAGCCUUGUCAUUUCUCUCUUAGUGGCUUUGACUUCAACUUCUCAAAUGUGAUUUGAAAAUCGCCGUGCGGGUCUAACAGAAGCCAGCCUUGCAUCAGCCUUGACCAGUCCACCCUGUUCUGUAUAGACCAAGGGAGCCCUGUGUCUAAAGAUACUUUCUUCUAGGAAAACAAUGUAACCAGACAGUAAUCCUACUAUACUUAUGCUCAUGAUUCAAGAAAUAAGACAUUUAGCCAGUCUUGCUUACCAGGCAAAAUUUGCUACCACAGAAUUAAAGUUAUUAUCUUUUAUUUUGAUAAUAACACAAACCACUGUGACCUGGAGUGUUAUAGAAUCUCAUAUAAUUAAAUAUAUUUUUGGAAAUAUCUGUAUUUUCUAUUUUCUGUAUGUUUCUGUUCCAAAAGACACAAUACAUGCUUGUUAAGAGCUUCAGAUACCUGUACAGUAUAUAUAUAAUGCAAAGAUGUAUAUAUAACGAUGUCUUUUUAAUGACUACUUAUGACAAGGGAACAACCUAAAAUGUCAAAUACACACAUACACACACACACACACACACACACACACACACACACACACACACACACACGGAACUGUUGAGACCAGCUGCAUGAGGUUUUGUAUAUCCAUAGGAUGGAAUAUUUAUUUAGCAAGUAAAAGUCAUGUGCAUCACCUGACUGAUAAACAGUUAAAUAACCUGUGGUGCAUCUGUACUGGGGAAUAUUGCUCAAUGAUCCAAAGUAACUAGUAUCGAUGUAUGUAAUCAUACACAUGGCAUUGUGCUAAGCGAAAGAAGCCAGACCAAAAGGCUGCACACUGAAAGGUAAAGAUACAGAAUUCUGAAAAAGACAAAGCUAUGGGGAAGAAGAGGAAUGCAGUGGAUUCCAGGGCGGCUGGGACGGGUGUAUGAGGAAGUGGGUGAGGCUAAAUUAAAGGAGCAGUGAGAAGGACCAAGGUUCAAGGACAGUCUUAUGUGAGCCUGGACUUCUCAAAGAUCUUAAAGCUGUGUAUCAGAAGAGGCAAAUCUCACCGGAUGUAAAUUUAAAAUCUCUGUCUCCAGAGAACAUUUAGUCACAUAAGAAAAUGUUAAUGAGUGUGAGAGGUGGGAUAUAAAACUACUCAUAAUAUGAUGCAAAUGUUAUGAAAUAUAAUAGGAAUGUAAUAAAUCCUGUCAUGGACGUGUGUUUGUACAACAUGCAUACA